GGCGGAAGAGAAGCGGCUCAGUUCCGGCCGCGGCCGCCGCCGCCAUCUGUCACCUCGUUGCCCGUGCCCCGCCCGUGUCUUCGGCGGAGCCCGCUCCUCGGCCUGUCACCUCUCGGCUCCGUUCUGGUCUUUGCCUUCUUCUCGGAAUGGAUCUGGUCGGAGUGUCCUCACCCGAGUCCGGGCCCGCGGCUGCCUGGGGACCCAGGAAGUGCCCGUGGGCUACCCCUUCAAACACAGCGUCCUGCUCACUGACCGAGGUGAUGAGCGAAGAGUUGGCCAAAGAGCUGCAGUUGGAAGAAGAAGCAGCUGCUUUCCCUGAAGUUGUUGUUGCCGAAGGACCAUUUAUUUCUGGAGAAAACAUUGACACUUCCAGCGACCUAAUGCUGGCUCAGAUGCUACAGAUGGAAUUUGACAGAGAAUAUGAUGCUCAGCUUAGGCGUGAAGAAAAAAAGUUCAAUGGGGAUAGCAAAGUUUCCAUUUCCUUUGAAAACUAUCGAAAAGUACAUCCUUUUGAAGACAGUGACAGCUCUGAAGAUGAGGUGGACUGGCAGGACACUCGUGACGAUCCCUACAGACCAGCAAAGCCAGUUCCUACUCCCAAAAAGGGUUUUAUUGGAAAAGGAAAAGACAUCACCACUAAGCAUGAUGAAGUAGUAUGUGGAAGAAAGAACACAGCAAGAAUGGAAAAUUUUGCACCAGGCUUUCAGGUAGGGGAUGGAAUUGGAAUGGAUUUAAAACUCUCCAACCACGUUUUCAAUGCUUUAAAACAACAUGCGUACUCAGAAGAGCGCCGAAGUGCCCGCCUCCACGAGAAGAAGGAGCACUCUACCGCUGAAAAAGCAGUUGAUCCUAAGACACGCUUACUUAUGUAUAAAAUGGUCAACUCUGGAAUGUUGGAGACAAUCACUGGCUGUGUUAGUACAGGAAAGGAAUCUGUUGUCUUUCAUGCAUAUGGAGGGAGCCUGGAGAAUGAAAAGGAAGAUGGUAAAGCUAUACCAACAGAAUGUGCCAUUAAGGUAUUUAAAACAACCCUUAAUGAGUUUAAGAACCGUGACAAAUACAUUAAAGAUGAUUUCAGGUUUAAAGAUCGCUUCAGUAAACUAAAUCCACGUAAGAUCAUCCGCAUGUGGGCAGAGAAAGAAAUGCACAAUCUCACAAGGAUGCAGAAGGCUGGAAUUCCUUGUCCAACAGUGGUACUGCUUAAGAAGCAUGUUUUAGUUAUGUCUUUCAUUGGCCACGAUCAAGUCCCAGCUCCUAAAUUAAAAGAAGUAAAGCUUAGUGGGGAAGAAAUGAGAGACGCCUACUAUCAGACUCUGCAUCUGAUGCAGCAGUUGUACAACGAGUGUACCCUGGUGCACGCCGACCUCAGCGAGUAUAACAUGUUGUGGCAUGCUGGGAAGGUCUGGUUGAUUGAUGUCAGUCAGUCCGUAGAACCAACCCAUCCUCAUGGCCUGGAGUUCUUAUUCCGGGACUGUAGGAAUGUUUCACAGUUUUUCCAGAAAGGAGGAGUAAAGGAAGCCCUUAACGAGCGGGAGCUGUUCAAUGCUGUUUCUGGCCUGGACAUCUCAGCAGACAAUGAAGCUGAUUUCUUAGCUGAGAUAGAGGCUUUGGAGAAAAUGAAUGAAGAUCAUGUUCAGAAGAAUGGCAGGAAAGCAGCCUCAUUUCUGAAAGAUGAUGGAGGUCCACCUGUGUUGUAUGCGGAAUAGCACCAGCACGCUGCUCUCCACCAGCACAGCGGUGACACCAGCUGCCAACGAGUGUGGGUGACGUGAAAUACCAAAGCAGGAGUGGACAGUGUUGCUUGUGUACUUCUCACUUGUAACCCACGUGCCAGAUAUGUGGAAUUUUUAACUCGGCAUUGAAAGAAUAAAAUGUCACUACCUCUCAUCUUACAAAAAGAUAAUAUAAUUCUUUAACAGGUUUAGAUGUGUAGCUGAAGGAGUCUGGAUUUUACACAACUCAUGAUCUGAAAUGUCUUGCUGAGGAUUCUUACACAGGCAGUGUUUCCAAACCCGGGAGGUGGAGGGGCGGAGGUGUCGGCAGGUGAGGCUGCCUCCCCUCCUGCUCUCUGUUGUGUCUUUCCACAGUUGUUACCAUCCGAAAUUAGUCCUUCUCAGCAACUCUUCCAGACUGUGCCUGCGAUCCUAGGGACCCGGGAGGGUGUUAGAAAUGGGGAUUUGGCUUUAUAAUGGAUGGUGGAAAUAGACGUAAGCAAUGUACCUUGUGAUGUACCAGCGUACAUCAUAAAAAUAUAUGGAAUUCUACAUUUCCAUCUCAUAGCCAGGAAAGAUGAGAUAGGCUUUUGAAAGAAAGAUAAGUACAGAAGGAUUUCUUAACUAACUAAAAUUUAAAAUUUAACUUUCAGGUUUUCUUCACUUAGGUUAAAUGGUUGGGAUGUAACUCAUUUUAUAAUGAAAAUUCAAAGUAUCUGGAAGGGCAGAAUGUAAGAAUCAUAUUUGAUACAUUUUAAGAAAGCAGUGAAACAAAUUUCAGUGUACAUUUCCCUAAAAUUGCUCUUAGAUAUUGAUUGCUACUUGUUUGGAGAAAAAUAGAGAAAAGGACAUGGUGCUGUUAAAUAGUGGAAGACGAAGCCUGAAUGCAGAACAGCUUGCGUAACAAAUUAACCAGCUAACCUGGCCAGCUGGCCUCCUUACCCGUCUCUGCACUGGCUGGACUCUGCUAUGUGAUGGUGAGCAGUGUCCCAGAAACCACUGGCUGCUUGCUCGCACUUCAUACCCCCUUCCUGGAGUCAGAUUGGAUCCACUAAGCAGCAUAACUUCGUGUGUGGUUAUGAAGAGUAAUAUAAAUGUAAUUUAUAUUCAAAGAUUUUAACAUUAUUUUAAAAUGCCAAAUAUGUUUUUUUCUAGGACUAUUUAUUUUUGUUUCUGUUAUACUGCUUUUAGUUGCAUUUCAGAGGAGUGUGACUUAGGUGACUCAUCCCACUUCUGAGAUGUUUGCUACUCUGCAACAAAGAUUUAAAUGAGGACUAAUUAUUGGCUGUACAGAAAUUCCGGAGAACUCACUUGAAACAAUCAUUUAAAACUUUGUUUUCUUUCUUGACAUAUUCUUUCUCAAACCAUUGCUUGGAGUGUGCUGUGAAUUUGCCUUUCAAGAAAUUAAAAAAUGAAGAGCUCAUUUUAGAA